AUGAACUACAAGAUGGUCUUAGAUGCUUUAAAUACAUGGUAAAUAUUAUCAUAAAAUGAGAUACUCUAAUAAGAAAUUUAAAGACUUUAAAACUUUGUUUAGCCUAACCAAGAAAUUCUAAACUUUGGUUAUGAAUAUGUAAGUGUCUCUCUUAAAACUUUUGAUAAGCUUCUGAAUAAGCUAUCAUCUGGUUAAAUAUUAAUUAACUCAAAUUACAGCAUCAUAGAAUGCUCUUAUAUAGAUAAUCAAAUUUUUAAAAACUGCACUCCAGAAUUUAAUUAAUACGCUGCUAACUAACAAUAUGCAAAUUAAUGGUACCACAUUGAUUAUACUGAUUUCAACUAACUUAGUAAGUAGGAGUAGAAGUUUUUAAUAAAUAAUGUUAGACUCUAGUUUUUUCUAAUCAGCUUAAUGAAGAAUACCAAAUAUAGCGUUUAUUCAUCAGCUUUAUAUAAUACAUUCUAAAGUUCCUUAUUUUAUAGCAUUUAAAAAACAGAUAUGACAUUAGGAAGCUUAUCAGAUAUGAAUUGUAUAACAGAUAAGAAAAAAUUUCCAUAUGAUCCUAGAUGCAGAGAUUGGUAUUAAGGAGCAAUAAAAUCAACAGAUAUAUUUUAUACAAAUCCAUAUAUAAAUUUAAAUGGGAAAAUCGGAUUAUCUGCAUCUAUUUAAAUCUAAGAUAAUAUUGAGAAUACUUUUCAAGUAGUAGGUUUUGAUAUUACUGUAGAGAAUUUUAUUCAAAAUGAUUUUACCUCAAAAAACAAUGAUAAAUACUCGAUUCUAUUUGAUGAAGAUUAAAAUAUAUUGUAUCAUCAGUAUUACAAUACUUCUUCAAAGCAAUUUCUUUGGAGUGAUUUGGAGUAUUAAAACAUAACAACACCUAAAUAACAAUAAGAUAAAGCAAACUUUUAGUAAGCAUUGAAUUAAACGAUAAAUUCUUUAAUUUAUGAAGAUCAAAAUAGUUAUUCGAAAAACAAUUUCUUUAAAUUCAACAAAAACGAUAAAGAAUACUAUGCAUUGAUCUUACCUGUUGAGUAUAUGAAAAAGAGUUUUUUAGCUCACAAUAAAAGUUCUAUUUUAUUUUUAGGUAGAGUUUAAAAUGACUUAACAACAGUGAUAAAUUAAGCUAAUAUAGCAAACAAUAGCACCCUUAUUAUUAUAAAUAUGUCUGGGAUAUUCUUUAUUAUUGUUUUGAACAUAUUAGCAUUUGUGAUAUUUCUUAUUUAUUAAUAUUAUAUAAUUAUAAUUCCUCUUUCUGCUCUCACAACAUUUCUGAAAGAAAUAGUUAAGCAAAAGGAACAAUCUUAAGAAAAACUAUUAAACUAGUAGACGAAAAAGACUAAAAAUUAUAAUUUAAAAACAAGAUAUGGACAGAAUGAUAGACAAACAUUUUAACAAAUAUAAAUCUUUUCCAGUAGAAAUAAUAUUUCAAGUAGUUAAAUUGCAUCCAGUUAAGGUCUUUUCUUUUAAAACUUGAGUAAAGAGUCUUUUCAUAUAAAUAAAAUGAAACCAAAAAAACCUUCUGAAAAUUAAUCUAACUUAUAAGUACCUUCAAGAAAGACUUUUUAAUAUGAGGCAUCUGAAUAUAUUGAACCUUAAGAAAUAAAAUAUAAUGGUUCUAUGGAAUCUCUCAUAUCGUAAGAAACAAGCGAUGAAGAGGAAUACUCUAAACUUGAUCUUUAAAACAUGGUGCCUUUUUCACUGGAAAUUGAAAUUAUAAAAGAUACUUUUUUAUAGCUUGAGUAAAUACUUAACUACACUUAAAGCACAAAUGAGAAUACUAAAAGUUAAGAUACAUAAUUUUUGUAAAUUUUUAAAGGAAUUUAAAUAUUCAAAGACAUAAAAAAUUAUUUUGCAAUUUAAAAGCUUUACAGUUAACUUGCAAGAAUUUACUUCAAUCAAAAUGAAUAUUUAAUAGCAUUAUAAUAGUUUUAAUCAAGUCUCUAUUACUGUCUACUUGAUCUUGGAUAUGGAGACGAAUAAAUGCUUUGGGAUUCACUUAAUCAAGGAGUCUAUAUUUAAAAUUAAGAAAAAAUGUAUACUCUUUCGAUUAGAUAUUACAUGAUUGCCUAUUGCGAAUAUUAAAUUUUACUUAAAGAUAAUUAAUUUAUUUAAAACUACCUCAGUUUCUAGAGCUAUCCAGAAGAAUAGAGCUUGUUAAAAAAUUCAUAAGAGCACAUUUAAAAAUCAUUAAAUAUUCUUGAAAAAAUAUAAAAACAUAUUUAAGUUUCAAAUAACACUUAGUCAAUUAGCUAUGUCUACCUUCUAGCUUGUUAGAUUUCUCUACUUACAAGGGAUUAAACUACCUUUUAGAAAUAUUAUUAAAUGAUUGAUAUUAAUAAUUAGAAAUAUUUAAAUGCUGAAUCACCUCAACUUAAGAUCUAAUCUUAAAGAGAAAUUUAAAGCUUAAAGGAAACUGGUAAUUUACUAAUUUAAAAUUAUGCUCAAUAAUAGAUAAAAUUAUUGAAAGUUAUCAAGCUACUAGUGUACAAAGAUCAAUCAUAAGAGUUGGUUGAUAAUAUUAAAAAUAUUUUUUAAGAAAGUUAAUUUAUUUAUCCUUAACUAUUCUCAUUUUGUUUUCAUAUACUGAAAUAAAAAAUAUAAUAAAUACCUGAAAUCUAAAAGGCUAUUGAAGAAGAGUAACUAAAUGUUUUUUUAAAGUAGAAAUACAAUUUCAUAAUUAUUAUACAGGUUGAACUUUAUUAUAGCAGUGUAGAUAUUUAAAAGAAAAUUGUUUUACUUCAACAAUUAUAUGAAAGAAUAUAAAAUUUAGAUAUCUUAGUUACUCUUAUAAUACUUUCUGAAAACUAAUUUGAAACAAUUCAAGCUCAAUAACCAAUUUAAAAUGCAAGACAAUUUAGUUUACUCAUGGAAUACUUACAUUCAAAAUAUACAGCUUUAAAAAGCAAAAUGUACUUUGAAAAAGCUAGUGAUUUUUUAUAAUUUUAGUAACCUUUUAUUGUGCUGCAAAACUGUAUUCUCUAGUCAAUUAUUCAGCUAUGCUCAAUUUCUUAAAAAGAAUCAAACAAUACUUUUACUCAAAACAUAGUUAUUAUAGAUCGUUUGGAAAUAAAAUAAAUGCAAGAAAAAGAAUAUAAUAUUUUGCAAAACUUGUAAUUUUUUUCAUAAGAUAAUAUUAUCAAGGCUGGAAUAAGUUUUACCUUAUUUACAAAUUUUGUUGAUAAAUAAAAUACAAUAAAAAAGUAUUGA